AUGUCGUCACGAGCAAUUCGCAAGCUACAAAAGCUGCGCGAACAAGAACAACUGCAAAAUUCCGACCAACAGGAUGAGUCAAGUGAAGAUGAAGCCCCACGCCCCGCGAAGCCAAAAUUCAAUGCCUUCGAUUUGCUAAAUGCAGACGAUGAAGAUGAGGAGAAUGAGGAAGAGGAGGAGGAAGAAGAAGAAGGGACACACGAGCAAUAUCGAACUCAAUCACCAGAACCUGCACCAACCCCAUCAAAGCCCAAAAAGAGCAACAAGAAAAAGAAGAAGAAGAAGGCUGCCAAAGCCUCUGGACUGGUCAAUACGCCACCAACAAAAUCAAAUGAAGGAGAACUGGAUGAAAUUGAUCGGGCGCUGAAGGAAUUAUCAAAAAAAGGGCACUUGCCCUCUGGCGCAAAUUCAUCGAAUGCGAAGCAUGAUCGCGACGCCUCCUUCCCGAAGACCACAAGUGAAUUGCUCGGGAUUGACCCCAAAUACCUCAAUGCAACAAAUGAGAUGCGCCGACUAUUUGGCAAUGUUGUUCUAGAGAACUUUGAUCAAACACCGGAUAAUGGAACGGGCCGCCGUCGAGAGCGCAAUCGACAGAUGAUUGAUCUUGCGCAGGCCUUAUCGGGAAAAUAUAGUCCAGCUAGCAGAGGUCAAAGUCUGGCUGGAGCCACACAACGACGUAAUGUUCUCAUGCAAGGCAAAGAAGAAUGGCCUCGUGCUCCAAGUGGAGGGCUAGGCAUGGAGACUGUAGAGAAGCUUUCCUCCGGGGAGACUCUCUACCAAUUGGUACACAAUACCGGUUAUCAAGAUGUCCAAAGACAGUUCGAUCUCUGUGUCGAAUCCAUGGACCCACAAAGAAUGAUCGGACACUUGCAAUACAACCCAUAUCAUAUCUCUACUCUUCUCCAGGUCUCGGAAAUUGCCAAACACCAGGGUGAUCAUGCUGUUUCUGCUGAUCUGAUGGAAAGAGCACUUUUCAACAUCGGGCGCUCAGCCCACUCUUCAUUCACUAGUCGCCUCAAGGAUGGCGAGGCCAGACUUGAUUUCAUGCUUGCAGAGAACCGGGAACUCUGGCUUGUCGGGUGGAGGUACAUCUCUAACCUAGCAAUGAAGGGCACAUGGAGAACUGCUUACGAAUGGGCCAAGUUGUUGCUGAGUCUGGAUGACAAUGAUCCUUACUGCAUGAGACUGCUUAUUGACCACCUCGCGCUCCGAGGUAGAGAGUAUGCCCAAUUCGUGCAGCUGUGUACCCAGACACGCUUUAGUCGGGAUUGGGCCAAUCUCCCUAACAUACAAUGUUCGCUGGUAAUGGCAUACCUCCGGUUGAACAAGCCCCAAGAAUGUCGUCGACAGCUGCAGCUCGCCAUGUCCCAUUACCCUUGGAUUUUCAGCAGACUGGCUCAGGAACUUGAUGUCCAGCACGUUCCCAAACAAAUCUGGGGCAAGAUGCCUCCCACAGGCACCCACGAGCUACUUACCGAACUCUACAUUGCUCGUGCAAAGGAUCUAUGGAACACCCCCGAAGCUAUUUCUCUCAUCAUGGAAGUCGCAGAUUCUAUGUCCGGCGAAGAGCCGUAUGAUCCGCCUGAGAUUACUUUGGACAUUGCUCGACAUGUGAUUUUAUCUGAUAUCAAGGCUGUGACAACCCACCUGCCAAACCACUUUGUGGCUGGUCGACUUUCUUCCUCCGAUCCUCUACCCCCCUAUGAAUCAGAAGCUUAUAGGCAGCAGUCUGAGCCUGCUCCUAUCUACGCCGCUCCCGCUGCCGCUGGGGGUGGUGAGAAUUGGCUGCAGGAUCUUCUUGGUCAGAUGAACAUUAAUGCCCGUGAUCCCGAUGCUCCAUCCGACGAUGAAGAACCAGCUGGGUUCGAUGAUGAGCCCGAGGAUAGAGGGCACUUCGAUAUUCCGCAAUCGCGCCCACCUCUGAGAGACCCGGCGGCCCUCGAAGGGUGGCUCACACGCGAGGGCAUGCAAACCCUUCGCAUCUUCCUCGCUCAAUAUGGAGUUGAUAGGGGCAACUGGAGCGAAGUAGUCGUGGAUUAUGCACCUUUGACAAAUUAUUUGGAGGCAUUACAGCGUCUCCCAGAAGCAACGCGCCAACGAUUGUUGGAGGGCCCUAUCAAAAGCUCUCUUGGUGACUUUGCGAUCAGCAUGCUCGAAGACGAACUCGAGAUCAUGCGAGGCGAAUAA